GUCCCACAUAUAUACGCCAUGAGAGCGUGCGAGGAUUGCGUGCCAGCAGGCUCCUCUGAACGAAGAAAAUUUAAUGUGAGAGAUAUGAUGAAGAUUAUUAGCUGCGUGUUUUAGGUUAUACAACACGUACAUCUGUUGCGUGCAUGAGGAAGAAGGCAGUUUCCUCCUCACGGACAUGCAAACUGUUCCUUGGAAGGCGGCAGUGAAUUAUUUACUUCCACAAACAUUAAACGGUCUUAUCUUUCUUAUGUAUUUAUUUUAAUACAAUUUGAAUUUAAACACAGAGUAAUAAAAAAUACACAUGGUUUUUUUUUUAAAAAAAAAAAAUUCUAGGAGACAUGAUUCGAGAUUGUGCAGCAGGAUAAACAAGAAUUUGAAGGCUGGAAGCGACGCCAAUCUUUCAAUAUUUAAUGCCCAAGAAGAACCGACGCUUCUGCUGCGCCCCCGCUCAUUAAAUGCUGGAAGAAACGAAAGCAGUGCAGAAUUAAGCUUCCAUUCCAUUCCAUCUUAACUUUUUGUUGCCUUCUGAAUUCCGAAUUCGUCGCCUCCGCCGCGAUGUGCAACACCACAGCCGCCGGCGACUCAACUGAUGAAAGCCAUGCUCUUCGGUCGCCCGCCCAUUUCUACCUCACCUUCCUUCGUCUUUCCAAACAAUCCGGCCUUUGCAAUAUCCAAGAGCAGCGGUUGAAGAACUUGAAGUCCCUCCCCGCAACAGAGUAUCUGGAGAAACCGCUUCCGUCGCCGGCGGAAGCGCUUCAGGAGGCCGCCUCGCUUUUCCGGCUUUCCUUCCCCAUUGCGGUGACGGCGUUGCUUGUCUACUUGCGUUCCGUAGUCUCGAUGCUCUUCCUGGGUUCGCUGGGCGACCUGCCGCUCGCCGCUGGCUCCCUGGCCGUCGCCUUCGCCAACAUCACCGGCUACUCUGUUCUCUCCGGGCUUUCGCUGGGCAUGGAGCCGCUCUGCUCGCAGGCGUUCGGUGCGAACCAGCCGCGCGUCCUGGCGCUGACCUUCCACCGCUCCGUACUCUUCCUCCUCUGUUCCUCGAUGCCCAUCGCUCUGCUCUGGCUCCACAUGUCGCCCAUUCUGCUCUUCCUCGGGCAAGACCCCGAGAUCACCUCGGCGGCGCAGGAGUACCUCCUAUUCUCCCUCCCCGAUCUCUUAUCUUUCUCGCUCAUCCACCCCAUACGUAUCUACCUGCGGUCGCAGGGCGUCACGCGGCCGCUCACAGCCGCCGCCGCCCUUGCUGCGGCUGUCCACCUCCCGGCGAACUUCCUGCUGGUGACCCGCCUCGGCCUCGGCGCAUCGGGCGUGGCUACCGCCGCCGCGGUUUCGAAUCUUGCUCUGAUCCUCUGCCUCCUUCCGCACGCGCCACGCGGGGCCACCGCCGAGUGCCUCGCCGGGUGGGGUCCGCUGCUCCGCCUCGCGGCCCCCAGCUGCGCUUCCGUCUGCCUCGAGUGGUGGUGGUACGAGUUCAUGAUCCUCCUCUGCGGCCUCCUCCCCGACCCCCGCCCCGCUGUCGCCUCCAUGGGCGUCCUCAUCCAAACCACCGCCCUCGUCUACGUCUUCCCUUCCUCCCUCGGAUUCGGCGUCUCGGCCCGCGUCGGCAACGAGCUCGGCGCCAACCGCCCAUCCCGCGCGCGAGUCUCCGCCGCUGUCUCCGUGCUCUUCGCCGCCGUCAUGGGACUCGCGGCCAUGUGUUUUGCCGCCGGGAUGCAGGAGCGUUGGGGCCGCAUGUUCACCGACGACGCCGACAUCCUGCGGCUGACGGCGGCUGCGCUUCCGGUCGUCGGGCUCUGCGAGCUCGGAAACUGCCCGCAGACGGUCUCAUGCGGGGUCCUUCGCGGUAGUGCGCGGCCGGUGCGGGCGGCCCACGUCAACCUCGGCGCCUUCUACCUCGUCGGCAUGCCGGCGGCCGUGGGUCUCAGCUUCUGGCUUGGUUUAGGCUUCGUCGGGCUUUGGACGGGCCUGCUGGCGGCCCAAGUCUGCUGCGCCGGACUCAUGCUUCACGCAGUGGGGACAACAGACUGGGAGGCGCAGGCCCGGCGGGCUCAGUUGCUGACGUGCGCGGCCGUGGCCGGAGCAGGCGACGCCUCGGUGGACUCAGUCGUGCUGCAGGAGGUAAAGAUCGAGAAAGAGGAGGGGAACAAGGGAACGACCGAACGAGCGAGUGGUGCCAGCCUCUGAUUUCGAUUCAGAGUCACGACGAAGAUUCAACUCUGAACUCGUCUUCAUCAUCCUCCGGGAAAUGAUUAGAACUGCACGUGAAACCUUGUGGUAUCUUGAACCUAGCUACCAUAUCCAGCGCAAGAUCACGCCUCUCCCAAUUCAUGCGACAUCACACGACGCAAGUCAUUAGCAGGUUGUUUUUUAUUAUUAUUAUUAUUAUUAUUAUUAUUAUUAGCGAGAUGUAUUUAAUUUUAUCUUACCAUGUCAUCGACACAUUGUUACAGUAAAGGUGAAAUCAUUAUUUUAAGGAUCGUUUCAGGACAACCUCAUAUAUUUUAG